AUGGACGACGUCGACGACGACAGCACUCAUUGUGAGGCAAGCCCCUUGCUGCCCUCAAACGACAACGACACCUCGAGAUGGCCCAUCCGCAGCCGGUGGACCGAGCUGUCGCUUAUCUCGCGAUAUUCGCUGCCCCUCGUGGCAACAUACCUGCUCCAAUAUUCCUUCAGCGUCAUCACCACGUCCGCGGCGGGUCAUCUGGGCCAGGAUGAUCUCGCCGCUGCAGCAAUCGGCGUCACCACUAUGAACAUCUGUGGUCUGGCAUUUUUUGAGGGCAUGGCUACGGCUCUGGAUACUCUCUGUGCCCAGGCAUACGGCGCUGGGAACAAGAUGGGUGUUGGGCUUCAUGUCCAGCGGAUGCUCCUCCUGAUGGCCCUCGCCACCAUCCCAGUGGGCGCCCUCUGGCUGAGUUCUCCGGCGCUCCUGUCACUCGUUCUGAAGCAGGAGAAUCUGGCAGUAAAAGCGGGCUCGUUCCUGCGCGUCAGCUUGAUCGGCCUGCCAGGCUACGCGUCCUUCGAGGCAGGCAAGCGGUUCUUGCAGUCCCAGGGGGACUUUGACACGGGAAUGCUCAUCCUCGUCGUUUGUGCCCCCGUCAACGCGCUCCUGGCCUGGCUCUUUGCGUUCCGUCUCGGCAUGGGCCUAGAGGGUGCCGCUCUCGGCGCCGCCCUGGCCAACGAUCUCCGUCCGGUGCUUCUGCUCCUGUGCAUCGCCUUCAAGAGGUCCUCUCACCAGUGCUGGCCCGGGCUCUCGUGUCGCGCGUUUCGCGGCUGGGGCCCCAUGGUUCGACUGUCGGCCGCUGGAUCAGCAGUGACCCUUGCAGAGUGGGCAGCGUUCGAGGUUCUAACGUUUAGCACGUCCUACCUGAGCACCAUGCACCUCGGUGCACAGACGAUCUUGACUACCACGUCGGUUGUAAUGUGGCAUAUUCCUUUUUCCUUUAGCGUCGGUGUCAGCACCAGAAUCGGCCAUCUCAUUGGAGCAGGCUUAGUGUCUGCUGCUAGGAGAGUGGCCGUCUUAUACUCGAUGCUUUUUGUGGGAAUUGGACUCUUGGAUGCCAUUGUUCUUUUCUCUUUGAGGAACUACAUACCCUACGUCUACUCGGCAGAUCCUGAAAUCCGCGACCUGGUCUCGAGAACCAUGCUCUCGGUCGCCUGCUUCCAGGUGUUUGACGCCGUCAUCUGCGGAUGCAACGGUGUACUCCGCGGCCUAGCAAGAACCUCAUUCGCCGCCUGGGUAGUCUUCUUUGUCAACUAUCUGGGCGCCGUGCCUCUUGCCAUGUGGCUCGAGCUGGGUCCUGCAGGCAUGGGUUUGGACGGCGUGUGGACAGGCCUGGGAACAGGGCUCGUCGUUAUUGCUUGCAUAGAAGUGACCUACAUGAUCAGCAUUGAUUGGCGGAGGUGUGUCGAUAAUGUCAAAUGUAGAGAAGAAUGA